AUGGCUACGAGCAACCAGGCAGCGAUAGAGGCAAAGCUAGUGGUCCUUGGGUCCCAAGGCGUUGGCAAAAGCUCGCUCGUCAGUCGUUUGAUGGGCCAAGCGCCUCAAUCGAAUCCUCUCAGUACUGUGGGGGCGUCCUUUGUCUCAAGGAAGCUGGUUGACGUCGACUCAAAUACGACAGUCAGACUUCAGAUAUGGGACACGGCGGGACAAGAGCGAUUCCGCAGUAUCUCCCGUCUGUACUAUCGUGGUGCCCAUGCAGUACUCUUAUGCUACGACGUCACAGACGAGAGAUCGUGGCAUGAGAUGAAAGGAUGGCUCAAGGAGGUCAUGGAGCAAGCAGAUGACGACCUGCUCAUACAUGUCGUGGGCUGUAAGAUCGAUCUCAUCGCAGAGGAUCCAUCGCGGCGUGCUGUACCCUUCGAGCAGACUGUCAGUUGGCUCGCCAGCGAGGUCUCUGGUGUGGCAGCCUCUAGUGCGCCAAAUUACGGUAGUCCGAGCUCGAAGCGCAGUAGUAUGCUCUGGGCACAGGACGAAGGCUGGGAUACCUGCAGUGAGGUGACUGCUAAAGAUGGCGAAGGCAUUGAGGAAUUACUGCGCGUGCUGGCGAGGAAAUUGGUCGACCAGCGCACAAAGCGAGACACAGCAACACACGCACGGACACCAGCCACGACAAGCGACUCUGGCGGUGAUUACUUCCACGGAAGGCACAACACUGGCUCUUUUCGCCUUGGACACGGAGAUCGGAGCAAGAGGCAAUCAUGGCUGGGCCUGCCAACCGCUGCGAUUGAGAGCGUGAUGACCCCGAGGGUGCCUGGAAUGACGACAGACCCCGAGGAGGCUCGUCAGCGAGGUAGAUGUUGUUGA